AUGCGUGCCGUCACCAUCCUCGCCAUCAUCUCCGGCGCCGGCGCCCUCUCCAUCCGCGCCGAGUGCCCCACCUCCUCCGGCUCCGCUUGCGGCAGAGUCGAAGCUCUUGGCCAGAACGUCAUCUACCCCAAGUGCGACUGCAAAUUCACCUGCUCCGGUCCCGUCACCUUUUCUGGAAUCAAGGCCGUCGUCAGCAUCGGGCUGACCGGCAUCACCAAGGCUUAA